GUAAUUUCAACACUGAAACUAGUCAUUUAGGAAUCAGCUGAAGAAAUCUGCCCCACCCCCUGUCAGAAGAUCCUACUCUAGGCUCUUUGAAUAAUCAAUCCCUUCUUUUCCAAUCAAAGAAAUAAAUUACACCAAUUCCUGUUUGAUUUUACAGAGUUCCCUGAAAUUUUCUAUGAAUAUCCCAAAGAUAUGAGAAAAAUAAUGCACAAAACAACAUACCAAAAUAUGUAUAGUGUAGGGAUAGGAAGAAAACUAGUCACCAUUUAUUGAAGCGCUCCACAGCGCACCAGACACCGUGGUUUGUUGCCGCUCAUGUUGUUAUUUGAUACUCACUUCAACCUUGGGAGGCAGAAAUUCCCAUCCCCAUAUUACAGAAGAAGUGGCAGGGUUUGCAGAAGGUCAAAUAAACAGGAAAUGACAGAGUCAGAACUCAAACCCAGUCUGUGGGACUCCAAAGCGUUCACUCCUAACCUCUACAAAAUAGACUGCCACUGUUAGUGGAAAUACAAAAAAGCAGUCUAACAGAGUAAAAAAGAAUGCUGUAUAGAUUCUGCAGUGAUAGGGAAUCUGUAUUUUAAUUUUUCAGGUGGCUUCAAUGUAGUCACUAGACAGGGAUCAAAUUUAGGAACCACUGGCAUAUAAAUAUAUAAAUAUAUAGAUAUGGAUAGAUAAAUAGAUGGAUAAAUAGAUAGAUAGACAGAUAGAUACCUCUCUCCCCACAGGUGCAUGUGUACACACACACACACACACACACACACACACACACACAUAAAAUUUGAGCUUGAUGAAAAGCAAUACAAAUGCCAAUUAUUGAUUUUGGAAAGUAAUUACAAUUUCAAAGACCGUGAAGGCAAAAUGUGUCAAAGAUAAAACCCACAGCCACUAGAAUUUCUCUGUAUACAGAGUAUCUGAGUCACUGUAGUGUCCCUACAAGACGCAUUUUCCCCAAGGUGUCAUUUAAGGCAAUGAUGUCAUAGGAAAUGAUGCUGAUGGACAGGCACCAGGGAAGAGUCGCAGCCUAGAGAAGUGGGGCUCCUCUCUCAACUGGGUCACCUGGAUUAUUAAAGUGGGGCCACUAGAUGAAUUCUCCCCAAGUAGUUACUCUUCUAUCAACUCUCCUGACUGCACCAAAUGGUCUCCUACAGUGUAUUUGGUUUGCCGAUUUUAAGAGAAAGAUAGAAUGCUUUAAAAAAUCAUUUUAGGAAUUUAUAUAGGAUUAGGAAUACUACAUACAGGAAUACAAAACUAUAUUACAUUUUUCUGUCAAUGACAAAAUACUACAGCUUAAAAAAUUAGCUCUGUCAUGAGGGAAAAUAUUGAGUGUUUCCAUUAUGCAUGAUGAUCACAGUGCAGUGACUCACAAUGUAGUUAGCAUCAUCAAGCAAAAGAUUUUUACCAUGUACCCAUCACAACAUAUGCCUGACAGUGCAAGAGAAUCAAAGAAAGGUUUCUGGUCUAGCAGGUGUUCUUUGUGUAGCUGUUAGGAUGACAAUUUUAUAGGAAGGGCUAAAAAGGAAGAGCGGCUGGGUAGCAGAGUGUGGAGACCCCGGAGAAGAUGAGCGACGACACGGUGGAGUCAGAAAGGCCUCAUGGAACAAAUAGGUCUGGACUCACACAUCUAGAUGAGAAAAAUGGAGCAGAGAUGAUAACGGGUGAGGGGCGGUAAAAGUAGGGAAGCAGGAAUAAGCAUGCUGAGUUUGAGGAACAGCAAGAUGACGCACACAGGAAUUCUAGCCGCACUAUGACUUCACUCGCCUGGGAACACCUCUGCAAAGGACUUUCCCGAACAUUAACACAAGCUUUUGGUUAUCACUGAAAUAGUGACAGCUGUACAGGUCUGCGCAAACCCUCCUCUUCCACUUGCUUUCUUCCAAGACCAAGAGCAUGUAUUCUAUGAGAACAAAGCUAAGCACCAUGCACAAAGCCUGCCAAAGCAGAACAAGCCUGAUGGUGUGCACAAGGACUGAAUUCUGCAGGCAUGAGCUCAUUAGGAUCACACUCAAAAUGCUGGCAACCAGCGGUCUGGGAAUCUGCCUGCAGCGGCACCUCAUAGAUCAGAUCAGCGGUAAGGGAGUGAGCAGCUCAUUUUUCCACAAAGAGAAGUGCAUUUUUAUAAGACAUCUUCCCCUAGCUCCCUCUCAAGUCAGGAUGCUAUCUCCUCUUUUGUAAGGUUUUAAGAGUCAGCUAGGUAAUAGAUUAUGAGACUGGAAAAAAAAAAAAAAAGGGACUGCUGAUUUUUGUGUGUAGGAUGUUGAUAGCCAGGCCUGCUUUGCUAGUGAACCCAUGUGGGGUGUUAUUUAUUCCUUGCUAUAACAAAAGUCUCCAACCCCAGUGACAAAUUAGGAUCCUUGAAACUAUAAGAUAAACUCAUUCUGAAUUGCACAGGAUAGAUUUUGUGGACAUGAUCGCCAAAAACACGACAGAGCUAACAGCUUCAUAAUGCUUCAAGGCUAGAUGCAAAGCCAAGGGGAUUUGCACAGAUCACCCAUUACAGAACCAAACACAUAGGCUGGUCAUCAGAGAGAAUAACACAGUACUGGACAGAACUAGUCGUUUGCGCCUGGACUGAAACACACCAGCCCCUUCAGCAGAACACCAGUGAAGACUUCUGUCCCCUAAAAUACACCAACGUUCCACGCUGACAAGGUGAGAGCGUUCCUCUUCAAACAUUAGUGUUUUAUGAGGUCACUCAAGAUUUUUUUAAAUGGUGUUACUAAAUGCAAUCUCCUCUGAGUGAGAGAGAAAAGACAGAGAGCUGCAUUCUGAUUGACGUGCUUAAACAUUUUAGCGGUGGAGAGAGGUAACCUAGAAGAAGACUCAAAAAGGGUGGAAAGGGGAGCUGGCAUUCGCGCUCCUACUUUAGCUACAGUCUGUAAGCACUAACUGCAAGAGGAAAACAAAACGCUACUUCUGAGAAACAGAUACACGGACAGCUAACAGUAAACAUAUGAAUGAUGACCGAGCAUCAGAUAAGGGAGGAGCCCGCUGCCUGUGGCACCAGCCAGCCCUGUACACAGGCAGGGGAGACGGAGGCCUAAGGAGCGAUGAAUGAUCCCAUGUACCUGAGAAUGGUUUCUCCAUAGCCUGAUGUGGGAGCCAACAUCUCCUCCUACCGGUCUCAGAUUACGGAAAUAUAUAUAUUAAAAUAUGUGUGUAUGUAUAUAUAAAGUAAGAGUAUUUUCUCAAAAAAAAAAAAAAAUCUGCCUUUUAUAAAAAGCAUGUUGGCUUGCUUGCUAGGGUCUGGUUGGGCCAGUGAUGGUGGUGGGGGGCCGGCGUCUUGGUGCUUGUGGUCCUGGGCCCAACGGGCAGCAUGGAGGGGCCACCCCAGAUCGGGACAUCUCCCUGCACAACUUCAGCACAAGGCUGUGGGAGCAGCUCGUCCACUUCCACGUCAUGUGGCUGACACACUGGCUCUUCCUGUGGGUGGGGGCCAUGCCGCACCUGUGCAACCUCGCCAUGGCCCUGUGCAGCCACUAUGAUUCCAUCCCCGUGUCUACCUCCCUCCUCAGAGACACUUUUGGCAUGACCUCCACUGAUCUUACCCGGCACUUAGCCAGGAAGACCAACAAACAGAUGUUUGUCAGCUAUAACCUUCAAAACACAUAUAGUAACCUCACAUUACUUGUAAAACACAGGAUAAAGGAAGAAAUGGAGGCUUAUCCAGAAAAGUUCUAGCAGAGUGGCAGAAGUGAGAAUUUGUAACUUAUGUACAAUAUACAUUUAAAUAAAUGGACUGAAUUAAAAAAAAAAAAAAAAAAGCAUGUUGCCUCAGAGGGCAGCAAGACAGGAGAAGGGUGAGGAGGCCUCCUACAUUAGCCUAUAAGGACCUGCCACUGGGAGCACCUGGGUGGCUCAGUCGGUUAGGUGUCCGACUUCAGCUCAGGUCAUUAUCUCAUGGUUCGUGGGUUCAA